AUGUCUUCGAUUGAUCCAGAAAGCACCCCAGCUGUAGACACUCCCCCAAGAGCAGCCACUGAAGAGCCUGUCGCAUCAUCUGUGGAUGAAGUCACCCCAGCUGCUUCUUCAUUAGAACCCAAAGUUGAUAUUGAUGUUGAAAAAUUGAAGGCGGAAUUUCAGGAAAGGGCCAAGACUUAUUUGGCUGAACAAACUUCCCAUGUUGUCAUUCCUUCGUUUGCCAAAUGGUUUGAUUUGAACACGGUCCAUACCAUUGAAAAGAAAGCAUUCCCAGACUUUUUUAGCACUGAUCCUAAGAACGUUUACAAGACCCCUCAAUCCUACAAGUACAUCCGUGAUUUCCUUGUUAACACGUUUAGAUUGAACCCAAAGGAGUAUUUGACCAUAACAGCUGCCCGCAGAAACUUGGCCGGCGAUGUUACCAACAUUAUCAGAAUUCACCAAUUUUUAGAGAAAUGGGGAAUAAUCAACUAUCAAAUUGAUCCAAGAUCUAAGCCAAGUAUUGUUGGUCCUCAAUAUACUGGCCAUUUCCAACUCACUUUAGAUACACCACAAGGAUUGGUUCCAUACGUGCCGGAAAAUGCUGUUCUUAUAAAAUCGGAACCUGAAGAAGGUGAAGUAACAAACAAAGAAAUAGAAACAUCAACUAAACCAGCUCAACCUUCUGAAGUUUCAAUCAAGGAUGAAUUAGAUUUGAAUUUGGAAAUCAGACGAAAUGUAUUUGGUACUGGUGAAAAGAAAUCCAAUUUCAAAACCAACAACCUUGUGCAAUAUGCUUGUAGUGUUUGUGGAAAGGAUGCUACUGAGGUUAGAUAUCAUAAUUUGAAAAUCAAAACCUACACUUACAAUCCAAGUUCAACCAUAAACAAUGCUAGUAUAUUAUGUACUCUCUGUUAUGAGCAAGGAUUAUUCCCACUGAACUUCCAAUCUUCCGAUUUCAUUCAAUUGAAAAAGAACCAAGAAGCUGAAGAGUGGACUGAGCAAGAAAUAUUGUUAUUAUUGGAAGGAAUUGAAAUGUUUGGUAGUUUUGAUUUACCCAAUAUAAAUGGUAAUAUCCAUGCCAAUGCCAAUUCCCAAUGGGAAAAGAUUAGCGAACAUGUUGGUACUAAAACUAGAGAACAAUGUAUUAUCAAAUUUAUUCAAUUACCAAUUGAAGACAAGUUUUUGACCAAAUUAAUCAAGGGUAAUGACGAAGACAAUGCUGAUGAUGUUACAACAAAAGAAACUUUGGUUCAAGAGGUUGUGCAAAAGUUAAUUGAAACCAAACCAGGACAAGAUUUACUUAAACAUAAUUCUAACCAAAAUUUGCAAGAGUCCAUUUUAGAAGAAGCAAAUUUGAUAAAUCAAGUUAUUGAAUUAAGUUUAGAAAAAUUCAAUCUCAAAUUAAAUAAGCUUGACAAAUUACAAGAAAGCUUGAUCAAUAUAGAAAAUCAAUUAAACUUAGAAAGAAAACAAGUAUUGAUUGAAAGAUGGGUGCAAUUCCAAAAGAUUCAAACUUUGAAACGAGAAAAGCCAGAAUUGGCAGACAUAUUGGAUGACUUGAUCCAACCGGUCAGAGUCAAUGAAAUAAACAAAUCUCUCAACCCAAUCAAGAACAGCGAAAAGAAUGAUGAUAUGCAAAUUGAUCAAAAUGAAACCAAAGAAAAUGACGAUGAUAAGUUGCCAAUAAGUGUUAGUCAACCAAAGACUUACCAAUACUGGUCUGGUUAG